AUGAAAGUUUUAAUUUUAUUAGUUUCAUUAAUUAGUGUUUGUUUCUCACAAAUUGCUCCAAAACCAAUUAUUGUUGGUGGUGUUUAUAGAGGUGGUGAAACUUGUAAUUCACUCCAACCACCAUACACUUGUUCAUCAGAUGAUUUAGCAGGUGGUAUUAUGAUGCGUCAAGGUGCUUGUACCUAUUUCAGAGGUUUAUCAAAUUUACCAACAACUUAUAAUUCUUCAAGUGAUGGUUCAUCUGUUAUUCAAUAUACUUAUUCAGCAGAUGAUUAUUUCUGUCAAGAAUCACCAAUUCAAACCCAAACAAUUAGCAAUGGUGAUUGUGAAGCUGGUUGUUCAAAUGAUAAAAUUUCAUAUCUUUAUAAUUUAUCAUCAGAUUCAAAUGAUCAAGUUCCAAAGAAUGCAGUAUUAACUAUUAAAUCACAAUCUAGUAAUUGUGCAACUGAUUGGGAAACUACAUGGGAAUCUAUUGAAUAUCUUAAUACUGAUACUUGUAUUGUCGAUGAGGUUACUGGUGGUUCAUUCAAAGUUAGUUGCACUCAAGGUGGAAUGACAAUUUAUUCAUAUGCCGCACCAGGUUGUACAAAUAAUCCAAAAGUAUAUGGUGUAGGAUUUUACACUGACUCAUGUGACGGUUAUCAAGUUUGUAGUCUUUAA